AUGUUCGACAAGCUUCGCGGCAAGUCGCCAUCUGGUCAUUCCAAAGGGGAUUCGAUUGACAAUACCCCCAAUGAACCAUCAUCUGCACCCCCACCACCGGCCUACACAGCUGCUUCCUCAGUACCUGCAUCAGCAACACCCGUCCAAACACGAUUCGCAUCUUUAUCUCUCCAUAGGGAAGACCGUCUCCGUUUCCUACGCUUCCCCGAACCCGUCAUCUCUAGCUGCCGUGCAACCGUUCUAAGAACAUGGCCCCAAGGCAUCGACGAAGAGCGCAGAUAUGCAAACAGCCAGGAGAUGAAACUCAACGGCUACCCCUGGCGUGGGCAUGGCAAAGAAGGUAUCCACGCGCGGCGUCUGAUGAACGGCCUACUAGCAACACUACAUGCAUCAGGAUGGCUCUUGACGCUAAACACUGACAUCAGCAAAAGCGCUAUGGAUAAGGAUACUCUGCUCUUCCGAAACCAAAGCCCGCCCCCGACACCGCAUGAAUGGUGUGUCGUAUCCUUCAGUCGUCAAGAUCGACUUCGCUUUAUCGACGCACCUACCUCGCUGUAUAGCUCGCUCCCCUCUCGCGUUGGAGCCAACUGGAUCUCGGCGUCAGAACAGCAUUCACCUGGGAUCUGGGAAUUCAAACUCAGAGGUUACCCAUGGCAGGCUAGCGGAGAAGAGACAAUGAGAGUGAGAGAGUUAUUGAUUGCGCUGGUAGAAAUGUUGGAGGAAGAGGGAUGGAGUGUAUAUGCUAGCAUUGAUCAGAAGAGUAGUGGGGGGCAGGGCGUUAGCGAGACGGAUACUUGGCACUGUUGUAGGGCGAAGGGAUGGGAAAGGGGUAUGCCUGUCUAUCUUCGGUGA